AUGUCUGGCUUAGGAGGUCACUUCGCGGUGGAAUUCGCCCGUGAAACAUGGGCUCUCUAUUCCGUCGGCGUACUGGGUGCCGUCUUGAGAUGGGUUGCUCGUAUCCGACGUUUGGGCAUUCGCAAUCUCCAGGUCGAUGACUAUCUUAUGCUAUUCGCGGUACUUUGGUAUACAAUACUAUGUGUCUCCUUAAAUCAAGUCGCUUCUGGUGGCGGGUCAAAUCUGAUGACCGAAGAGGAUAAGCUACACUUGACGGAUUCAAUUAUAGCUGAACGAGUGCGCGGUAGUAAAUGGGUCUUUGUGUCGGAACAUUCCUUUAUUCUUUGCAUCUGGGCUUUGAAAGCAUGCAUGCUGGUGAUCUAUGCGCGUAUCACUGAAGGAUUGAAGCAGAAACGCUGGAUCAACUAUGUCGCAAUAUACGUUGUCCUCGGGUUUGUCGCAACCGAACUGUCGCUCUUCCUACUCUGUCGCCCACUAUCGCACUACUGGGCCGUCGUCCCAACGCCAGAAUACCAAUGCUUCUCCUACCAAUAUUACGAAAUCAUCCAAGGCUGCAUCUCAAUCUCUGCCGACAUCUUCAUGCUCAUAAUCGCCAUCCCGAUGCUAGUCCAAGUCCGCGUCCCGCUUAAGCAAAAGAUGAUCCUCACUAUCCUCUUCGGCAUGGGAAUCUUCGUCAUCGUCGCCGCCGUCCUGAACAAGGUGUACUGUCUCGUCCCAUCUCUGAUUUCCUACGUCUACAUGAACUGGUACUUCCGCGAAGCAACCGUCGCCAUCCUAGUCACCAAUCUGCCACUAGUCUGGUCCCUGCUCCGCGACGUCUUCCCCGCCCUCAAGAGCUGGACCGGAGGCUCCAAGCGCGGCACCGAUCGCUACAAGUCCGGGCCCUGGACCAGCAAGGGUGGCUCCAAUUUGCAUCCCUAUGGCCCACCCAGCCAUGCGCGGUCAGGAGAUUUCGGCAUGCAAGAAUUCGAGGGCACCACUACGAUUACCCCGACAAAGGCGACUGCAUCCGAUGCCAGUAUCACCGAAGAUCGCGAUGCGAGCAGUGACGAUGGCUCAGCUCGCGCUUUGCGCAUUCGUCAGGAUAUUACCGUUACCGUGCAGCGUGACUCGCGGCCAGAGGAUUUUGAUGCGAAUUCUUCACGCAUUACACGCGCCCGCGAGGAGGUUUAA